AUGGUAGUGAAUACACUCAGAUACUGCUUCCUUGCCAUUCCGAUUCUCAGUCUUUCACUCCCAUUUGUUUUCUACACCGUUAAUGCGCAUGCACAAAAAUAUCUUAUGAGGCUGAACUUCUCAGUGAGUUCAAUUUUAAUAGAAGCCUGUAAAGCACUUUAUGAAGACAAGGUGUCCUUUCUCAAGGAAAAUGCUUUAAAAAAUCAAGAAUCUAAUUGGACAGAGUACAUAACACAGAACCACUACAUCACCUGUGCCCUCUCGGCUGAGGAGACUGUGUUCCUUGUUGCCUACAUCAUGACACUGCACAAAGAGUUCAAGACCUUCAAGCGGCUCUUCAGGGAGCUGUACAUGCCUCAAAAUGUCUGCUGUGUCCACAUGGAUGCCAAGUCACCAUUUCUCUUCUGGUGGGUGCUGCAGCACCUGAUGGGCUGCUUCGCCAAUACCUUUCUCGCCUCCCAGGCAGAAAGGAAGGUCUGCGUCAGCAUCUCCCAGCUGCGGGCUGACCUUCACUGCACGAGAGACCUUCUGGCCUUGUCUGUGCCCUGCAGUGCUUUGGGCAGUGGGGAGACUGCACAGGGAUGGGGCCAGGCACAACACCUCGGAGCUGGUCACCCUCCAGAUGUGUGCAAGCUACCCCUGUCAUAUAACCUGAUCAUCUACCUUGGAUCUGCGUACAUGGCUGUCACCUGACCCUUCAGGGAGUUUGUGCUCUAGGACCAGCACACCCUCGAUCUGCUGGUGUUGUCCAGGGACAACUAAAGCCCUGACAAGCUCUGGGUGAUGCUCAACAGGAUCCCAGAUAGGAAAUCAAGUCCGGGUUGA